ACCAAUAUGGCGGCGCCCAGGAGCUGUUAAGGCGUGAGACGGAGGAUGGCGGUGGUGACUCUGGCGGCGGUGGCUCGGCUGGGGCGCCGGCUGAGUGGGCUGGGGCCGGGCCGCGGACACUGGACAGCGGCUGGACGCUCGCGGAGCCGGCGCGAGGCGGCGGAGGCCGAGGCGGAUGCGCCCGUGUUCCAGUACGUGGGCGAGCGUGCAACUCGCGCCGACCGAAUCUUCGUGUGGGGCUUCAGCUUCUCCGGGGCGCUGGGCGUGCCCACCUUCGUGCUGCCCGGCUCCGGACCCCAGCCCCGCGCCGGCUCGCGGCCGCGCCGCAGGAUCCAGCCCGUGCCCUACCGCCUGGAGCUGGACCAAAAGAUUUCAUCUGCCGCCUGUGGAUAUGGAUUCACAUUGCUGUCCUCUAAAACCAAGGAUAUUACCAAAGUUUGGGGUAUGGGGCUCAACAAAGAUUCCCAGCUUGGAUUUCACAGGAGCCGGAAAGAUAAAACCAGGGGAUACGAGUACGUGCUGGAGCCCUCGCCCGUACCGCUGCCGCUGGACAGGCCCCAGGAGACGCGGGUGCUGCAGGUCUCCUGUGGCAGAGCCCACUCGCUCGUCCUGACGGACGGCGAAGGAGUCUUCAGCAUGGGGAAUAAUUCUUACGGGCAGUGUGGAAGAAAGGUGGUCGAGAAUGAAAUUUAUAGUGAAAGUCACAGAGUUCAUAGGAUGCAGGACUUCGAGGGACAGGUGGUCCAGGUUGCCUGCGGUCAGGACCACAGUCUGUUCCUGACGGAUCAAGGAGAAGUGUAUUCUUGUGGAUGGGGUGCAGACGGGCAGACAGGCCUGGGUCACUACAAUAUCACCAGCACGCCCACCAAGCUGGGGGGAGACCUGGCCGGAGUGAACGUCGUCCAGGUGGCCACCUACGGGGACUGCUGCCUGGCCGUGUCGGCUGAUGGUGGCCUCUUCGGCUGGGGCAACUCUGAGUACCUGCAGCUGGCCUCUGUCACCGACUCCACACAGGUGAAUGUCCCCCGGUGCUUGCCCUUCUCAGGAGUGGGGCGGGUGAAGCAGGCUGCGUGUGGGGGCACAGGCUGUGCGGUGUUAAACGGAGAAGGACAUGUUUUCGUCUGGGGCUACGGAAUUCUUGGGAAGGGACCAAACCUCUUGGAAACCGCUCUUCCAGAAAUGAUUCCACCCACUCUCUUUGGCCUGUCGGAGUUCAACCCGGGAGUCCAGGUUUCCCGCAUUCGCUGCGGGCUCAGCCACUUCGCCGCCCUGACCAACCGAGGAGAGCUGUUUGUGUGGGGCAAGAACAUCCGAGGGUGCCUGGGAAUCGGUCGCCUGGAAGACCAGUACUUCCCGUGGAGGGGCCCAGCUGUGGAGCGGUGGGACGACGAGCGUCCGUGUAAAGGCCCAGCAGGCCAGGCCGUGGCCUCCACACCCUGCAGGGUUGCCUGCAUGUCACGGGGAGAGCUGGCCCCGCCAGUGAUAACGUGUCGGCAAGGCUGCCAGCCAGGCCUCUGGCCCCUUCUAAGACGCAGUCAGCACCCCUCCUGCAGCCUGCCUGGGCCUGGGGCUGAUGGGUGAAGCGGGUGACUAUGCCUGGGGAGCCCGUGGACGUGGCGUGUGGCGUGGAUCAUAUGGUGACUCUGGCCAGGUCCUUCAUCUGAACCUCCUCCUCGAUCUGCUGGAGCCUGGCCCUGGCCUCAGGACUGCCUGGCCUGCUCAGCCAGGGCAGCCACGGGGCUCUGGAUGGGGCCCGAGAGGAUCAGGGCCCGCCUUGCGCUGGGCCACGCUCCCUGCAGCCUGGAGCGGGGUGACUGGAAGUGCUGGAGGUGGUCCCCCCUCCAGCCCAGGGUGAGGCACUUGGCACAGAUUCUGCCCCUGGGCUGAGUGGCCCUGGCAAGGCGAGGACGAUCUGCUUCAUCUCAGCUCCUUCCCAGGGACACACGGUGGUAUCUGCUGUCAUGUCUGGUCUUCAGAGAGCUUUUCCGCUCAGCCAUGUCUGCGCGCUGCUGGGACGCCACCUGACAGCCCUGCACGGGGGUCCUCCAUGGAAAUGCCAGUGGGCGCCAGCCUGGAACCCUGUGGGUCCACAGCAGUCACCUGCCUUGUAACACUUCUUCCUGCCUGGCUCAGAAGACUUGAGAGGCCCCUUGGGAAGAUGAGCAAGGCCAGAUUUCUGUGGGCCAAGGGCUUUGAACACAAUCUGCAAAAGCUUGGCUGGAGUGCUUGCCUUGGAGAAGGAAAACUCAGACGGUGAAAAACAUUUGCGUUAAUAACAUAACAUGUCCUUUUCUUUAACAUCUUUUAAAACUCUUUUUUGGAAUAAAGUCUAUUUUCUGCCUUUUCAUUUUUAA